GAAGGAGGAGAGCCAUGGCGGAAUGCGCGGAGGGAUUCGGACGAGGUGUCUCCCAACAACGCUCGGGCCGUCGCUGCUUAUCCUCCUGACCUCCAACAUUCCCCCAAAAAUAGAUGAAUCUCCUGAGGGCUGGACUCGCCCCGGCCCCAUGCGCGACAUCCGCAGGCCCGGACUGGGCCCCAUGUUUUGGCUGCGGCCCGAUCCAUAGAUCGACAGAGCUCGUUCCGUGGCACGGUUGACCGGGGAUCAGAACCCUCGCCGGUACAACGACAGCAGCACCCCGAGCUCAUGAAAAGCGCAGCUUGUCAACUCUCGCUCGCUAGCUCGCGUGGUGCAAGCCGGGCACGUGCCCUCGGGGUGAAAUUAUGCCUCGUUCGUUCGCGGCUGGGCACUGGAAUUCAGCACGCAAUUGGGAGCUGUAUAAAUGACGACGGGGAGUGCGGCUCGAGGGAGGGAGCUCGCAGUCGUCGUGGUGCAUCAUCGGCUUCCGACCGAGGAGGAGGACGACGAUACCGCCGCUCUGCUGUCUGCUCGUCGCCAGUGGCUCUAGAGCCCGUGCGGGUGGAGCACUGCUGGCGACAUCGACCUCGACCUCGGCCUCGGAGGUAGAUUGGGAACCCGCGUCGGCUGCCCAGUCGGUGCGUGCUCGAGGAAUUUCGUAGAUAUGGUGGAGCUCGGAUGGGAGGCUGGGGUGGUGAUCGCCACCCUGGUCUCCGGGCUGGUCGUCAUGGCCGGUGACUGGAUUGGACCCGACUUCGUCUUCGCGGUGAUGGUCAGCUUCUUGGCUGCGUGUCGGAUCAUCACCAUCGACGAGGCGGUCGAGGGAUUUUCUCAGCCGGGACUUCUCACUGUGGUCAUCCUCUUCGUCGUAGCCGAGGGGAUCAGUCAAACUGGAGGAAUGGAGAAGGCGCUGAAUCUGUUCCUGGGCAAAACGCGCUCUCCGUUCUGGGCCAUCACGAGGAUGUUCAUCCCCGUGACGAUCGUGUCGGGAGUUUUGAAUAACACCCCAAUCGUCGCGCUGCUCAUUCCGAUUAUGAUCGCAUGGGGCCGCCGGAAUGGCAUCUCCAUCAAGAAGCUGCUCAUCCCUCUGAGCUACGCCGCUGUGUUCGGAGGCACUCUGACUCUGAUCGGGACGUCCACCAAUCUGGUCGUGGCAAGUCUGCAAGCGAAGCGGUACGAGCAGUCUGACCCAGGGAAUUCGUCCUUCGGGUUCUUCACGAUCACUCCGUAUGGCACAAUUUACGCCAUCUUUGGGUUCAUGUACACCACGCUCGCGUCCCUCUGGUUCCUACCGAACGACGACACCACCCGCCACUCGGAUUUGCUGUUCGUCGCUAAAGUGCCAUCCUCGUCUCCCGUGAUCGGCAAGUCCAUCAGAGACGGCGGAUUCACGGGCAUGGAGCGGUUCGUCCUCCUGGCAGUCGAGCGCAAUGGACAUGUGACCCAUUACGGACGUGUGAGUCCAGAGUUUCGUCUCGAGGCCGAGGACCAGCUGCACUUCUGCGGCGAGCUGGAACAAGCGAAACUCUAUGCGAAGCACUUCGGAUUAGAGCUGCUUACGCACGAGGGCGAGGGCAAGUCCGAGCUCAAAUUCGACGACCGCCUCGACGCUUCGCAGCUGGAACGAGGGGAAGAUUUAGCCAAAUUCUAUGUGAUCAGGUAUCUCGUGCAGGCCACUGUUAAGAAAGGCUCGGACAUUGUGGGCUCGAGUAUCCGCGAUCUCAACUUCCGUUCUCGCUUCAACGCAGCUGUCCUGGCCGUGAAACGAGGGCCCAACCAUCAUCCAGGUCGCCUCGGUGAUGUGGUGGUGGAAGCUGGUGAUAUUUUCGUCAUCCUUGCAGCGAACAAGGCAGCCGUCGAGUCCCAGGGUUUCAAAGACACGUUCAAAGACAUUGAGCUUCUCGAUGAGGCCAUGGAGAAGGAGUACUUGACAGGAAUGAAGGUGACGAGCGCAUUCUCAGGGAUUGGCAAGAGCGUCCACGCUGCUGGAUUACGCGGCAUCAAUGGUCUCUACCUCGUUGGAAUCGACAGGGCCGAUGGUGAAGAGCUCCGGGUGGUGCACCCCGACACAAUCGUUGCUCUGGACGAUAUUCUUUGGUUUGCAGGAGGAGUUGCUGGCGUUUACUACCUUCUGAAAAUCGGAGGUCUCGAACACACGCAGGCAACACAAGUGUCUAAGUUGAAGACAGACAUUUUGUAUCGGCAGCUGGUGAAGGUAUCAAUCGCGUAUGACAGCGAUCUCGUGGGGAACACAGUUCGUGAAUCUCAUUUUCGUAACAGAUACGAUGCGGUUGUGCUUGCCAUUCACCGAGAGGGACAUCGUGUGGCCGCUGAUGUCCGGGAUGUGAAGCUGAGGGCAGGAGAUGUGCUGCUUUUGGACACCGGUUCAAGUUUCGAGCACCGUCAUAGGAAUGAUAUUGCUUUCUCUUUGAUCACCACUGUCCCCGACACUUCGCCGGUGAAAACCCGUCGCAUGUGGUGGGCUCUUUUCCUCGGAUUCGUCAUGAUUAUGACACAGUUUGUGGGAGGCGCUCUGGAUGAGGCAAACGUGGUGGAUCAGGAGCUGAUAGACCUCUUCCUGGCGGGCGUCCUGACCGCAGGAAUCAUGUUAGCGACAGGCUGUUUCAAUGGUCAGCAAGCUCGGAGCAGCAUCGACUGGAGCGUGUAUGUCACGAUCGCCUUCGCCUUUGGAUUUAGUAACGCGAUGGAGAAAUCUGGAGUGGCGGGCGCUAUUGCAGAAGUCUUCAUUACCAUCAGUGAAGCCAUAGGAAGUAAGAAGGCUUCCUAUGUGGCAAUUUAUAUCGCCACUGCCUUGAUGUCUGAGCUCGUCAGCAACAACGCGGCUGCUGCGAUAAUGUAUCCCAUUGCCGCACAAUUGGGUGAUGCAUUGGGUGUGAAACCUUCGAGGAUGAGCGUGGUCGUCAUGCUCGGUGCUUCAGCUGGGUUCACGCUUCCCUACAGCUAUCAGACGAAUCUCAUGGUUUUUGCCGCUGGAGGCUAUCGGUUUCUCGAGUUUGCGAAAAUUGGGUUCCCUUGUCAGUUGUUCAUGAUCGUGGCCGUCCUGUUCAUUUUCUUGCUAGAGGAACAUAUGGGUUUGGCUGUAGGCAUUUCAUUCGCAAUGAUGGCGGCCAUGCUGGCUGGCCCCCUCGUCUGGGCGACCUUAUCCCCAACAAAGAGAGAAAAAUUCAUUCCUGCUCGAUUCAGGAAGGCGAAGUUGAAGAUAGAUGCCACCUCAAGAUCCUACGACGAGCUUAGUCUGGUCUCCACUUGAAACUAUCCUGCAAUUCCCACUUUUUCAUCUCACACAAACCGCCAGGACUAUUCACAGAUAGAUUGUGGGAUCGUCUGAUGUCUGCAACCUCAUGUCCGAACUGUCAUUCAAGAUCAGUCGUCGAUGCACAGCCUUACUCCAACCCUACUCGUAGCAUAUGCCUGAAUGAGGCAUGGAUGCACCGUGCAGAACAUGCGAACUGUAUAGGCAGUUGUCACGUCGUCUGGGGAGCACAGUUGGCCAUCACUUCUCGUCACAUUAGACCUCGAUCAGAUGUAUUUCCAAACUUUAACGAGGUGGUGGACAAUCAAGAUGAACGAUGUCGGACAUGUGGACGGUGCCUGUAGAUUGAUUUCAGCAAGAGUUUAGAACUCCUUCAAGAUUUCGUGGUUGAAACCCGUGUCUUGGAGACAUUCACUAGUGACAUCAACACGCGAAGAGGGUAGGUAGUAGUGAUGCAAACAUUUGAACUGCCCUCAGGUAAGACUAUCUCUCCAUGUAGAGAUUGGCUGGCGGUAAUACUUGCUUACCAUAAUUUUGUACAGAGUCACUCAGUUCAGAUGGAACCGAUUUGUGAAUAUGUACAAUUGCAACGGGACUUUCAGUUUGACGAAUAGUUGCGUAACCUCCGAACGUCAUUGACAUUGUUUGUGUGAAAUAUUCAUCUUGAAACUGUAGCAUAGGAAAUGGGAAUUUCACGUUCAAAAUGUGGUAACUUUUAUACUU